UUCCUCCUCCGUCGAUUCGUCCGCCGACGAGACGGCAGCUGAUGCUUCCGGUGCUCUCCGCCGACCUCCGCCGCGCGCCCACUCCCUUCUCCCUUCUCCCUCUCGCUCUCGCUCCGCCGCCGCCGCCGCCUCCUACCCUUCUUCGGCGCCGGCCACUGCUUCUGCCGCGAGCCAUCUCCUCCUCUACCUCGCCGCCGCCGGUCCAGGAGAUGGAGGCGGCUUACAAGUUCGGGCCGUACAAGAUCGACGCGAGGGAGGUGUUCCACUCCACGCCGCUGUCCUACGCCAUGGUCAACCUCCGCCCACUCCUCCCUGGUAAUGUUCUAGUGUGCCCCAAGCGUGAAGUGAAACGAUUUGCUGAUCUAAGUUCUAAUGAGAUUAGUGACUUAUGGGUUACCGCAAAGGAAGUUGGUAUACGGCUUGAACAGUACCACAAAGCGUCUUCACUUACAUUUGCUAUUCAGGAUGGUCCACAAGCUGGUCAAACUGUUCCACAUGUCCACAUCCAUGUCAUCCCUAGAAAGAAAGGAGAUUUUGAGAAAAAUGAUGAGAUAUAUGAUGCGAUUGAUGUCAAAGAGAGGGAAUUGAAGGAGAAACUUGAUCUGGACAUAGAGAGAAAAGAUAGAACCAUGAAAGAAAUGGCUCAUGAGGCCAAUGAGUACCGUGGUCUCUUCUCUUAGAUGUAAUUUUUGCGAUAAAUUUCUUGUAAACUAUCUCUAAAUUGCAGUUACUCUUCUCCAGAAAUUAUUUUUGUAACUGUUUGUCAUCCAUCAUGGGAAUUCAAGUCUUCGAAUGAUAUUAUGAAAUUAUCUAAUUUGGUACGAUACUUGUUUGUUG